UUCCUUCUUUCCGUGGUGGAUUGUAAACUUCUUCGGGAAGAUGAAAGUAACAUUGGCCGUGUGUGUCUUUUUAAUGGUGUUUCUGGGCAUCCUGGCUAACAGAUCGAUGAAUGUUCGUGACUGGAGCACAAAUCACAAAGAUGCUGUUUUAUACAAGAGUAAAGAGCAACUAGGAGGAACUGUUAAGGAAGUAGAUGGGGUAAGAAAUCGAGUAAAAAGAGGAUCACAGGGUGAAACCCCCAAAAAGGACUCCAGGGUAUUGGGGUACCCAAGGCUCAUUCACCCUCUGCCAAGUGGAAUCCCAGAGCUCAACAAGAUUAGCAAUGACACCUCACUGUCAUCAACUUUACGUCCCCAACUGCUUAACCCAUUGUAUCCACUCAGCGAAAGUUCAAUCAGUGCCUAUGGAGUCCUACUGCUAUCCCUGGUAGUAUUUGCUGUGGGCAUAAUUGGCAACCUCUCUGUUAUGUGCAUUGUGUGGCAUAGCUUAUACCUAAAGAGUGCCUGGGAUUCCAUCCUGGCUGGUUUGGCACUCUGGGACUUUCUGCUUCUCUUCUUCUGUUUGCCUGUGGUUGUCUUCCAGGAAAUUACCAGUCGAAGAUUGCUAGGCUGGUUGUCCUGCCGCAUUGUACCCUACAUGGAGGUUUCCUCUCUCGGAGUAUCCACUUUCUCCUUGUGCGCUCUGGGCAUUGAUCGAUUCCAGUCAGUUACAUCUCUGCAGCCAUCCCCACGGCCAGUGGAACGAUGCCAGUCCAUCUUGGGAAAAUUAGCUAUAAUAUGGUUGGGAUCCCUAACACUUGCACUUCCUGAAACACUACUGUGGCAAAUCACCUACGAGCGUUCCCAUCUGCCUGGAGUAGUUCAUGAUACCUGCAUCAUGCAACCUGCCCCAAAUUUGCCCCCUGUCCUGCACUCUCUUAUACUCACUUAUCAGCAGGCGCGCAUGUGGUGGUUCCUGGGCUGUUAUUUUUGCCUCCCGCUUUUGUUUACUACUACUUCCUUAUUAGUGACACUACGCAUCAUAGGAGCCAGCAAAGAUACCAGGCAUAGUCAGUGCCAGCGCCAGCUCAGCUGGCUGGUAGCUGCAUUAGCUACAGUUUAUGGAAUCUGCACCCUCCCUGAAAAUAUCACAAAUAUUCUAGUUACCUACACAAACCUGGACAUUCCCAGAGACUUGAUGACACUCAUUACUCAGUUUUUCUUGUUCCUGAAGUGUGCAGUGACCCCAGUAUUGCUUCUGUGUCUCUCUAAGCCUCUAGGACAGGCAUUCCUGGAUUGCUGCUGUUGCUGCUGUGAGGAUGGAGAUAAACCAAACUCCACUACAACAGAAGGGAAAAAACAAACUGAGGAGCCUCUCACUCCCUCACAUUGUGCAAAAGACUUGGACUUGCCUUUGGGAACCCCAUGUUAGGAAAUGAUUGUGGUUUCAUAAGAAUGUAUAUAGUUGUGUAUAUAUAGCAAAUUAUCUAGAAAUAGUAAAGGUAGUAUGCAGUGUUUGCUGUACAUGAUAAAAAGCCAGUUACUACUAGGAGGAGGAAAUGUUAGAGUAUGUUAGUAGGAGAAGGAAAAACACUACAGUGCUGGUUUUCAAAACUUUCCUCAGGCCUGCCCAACAGGCCAGAUUUUCAGGAUUACCUUGGAUGAAAAUAGGUCAAAUAACUUUGUUUACUAAUCAGAUUCUUAUUUAACCUGUGUUUCAGUUCAGAUAUCCUCAAAACCUGGCCAGCUAGGGAGGCUUGAGGACAGGUUUGAAAACAAGUGCACUAGAGUGAUAGUAAAGUAAGGAAAAAAAGCAAAAGUAUGGAAAGUAAGGAAAAUAAGUGCUGAAAGGGUGAGCACCCUAGUCAAAAAGGAUGAUCUUCCUGGAGUCAUUCUGACGUAAUCGAUGACUUCAUACAAGUCAUAAGAAGCUAUCCUGAAGUAUGCCCACAGGCCGAAAUAUUUGAAUGAGAUGAAUCUAGAGUCAUUCACUGGCUGUUCAUGCUUGUGAAGUAAUCAGUAAGAUAAUCUGCUAAUCAUUCUGAAGUCAUCACCCAGAAUUGUUUUCCUUAGCUGAUGACUUUACAAGCCUGAUGAUGUCUGAUGAUAUCUGAUGAUGUGCAGAGGACUUCUAAAGUAGUUUGAUGAUCAUCAAAUGACUCCAGAAUGGUCUCUAAAGUAAUCCUGUUGGUCUUGGGCAUGCAAGAGAUAUAUGAUAUGCAGUGGCUGAAGAGGGAGGAGAAAAUAGCAAACAAUAAUCACAAUAUUAUGAAAACAGACAAUUAACACCAAAUAAAAUCUCCCUAUCAAAUGUUAAUUAUACGGAGAAAAGAAAAAAUGAAAUAUACAGUACAUUCAUUAUUUAUUCUGUCUGAUUUUUUUCCCUGUAACUAAUUCCUGCAAAUCGUGCUUUUAACACUUCCCCGGAGGUCCUAAGGUCAUUGCACUUUCAAAUUAACUAAACAAAUUGCAAGUUUUAUUUUUGGGACCAAUAACCCAUAUUUAAACCACAAAAACCCUAAUUCCACCCACUAGUCAUUUAAACCUUUCCACUGGUUGCCCAAAUCUAUCUGCUCAAAGGUGAAGUCCAGGGGGCCUAUUUAUGAUGGUGCGAGCAGACAUGAUCCUGUCCGCCGCACAUCGAUAAAUGCCGACAGCAUACGCUCUCAGCAUUUAUCAUUGCACCAGCAGUUCUGGUGAACUGCUGGUGCAAUGCUGCCCCCUGCAGAUUCUCAGCCAAUCAGCAGUGGGUGUCGAAUACGAUCAGGUUGAUUUCUGUCCGCUGCCUUAGAUCAGGCGGACAGGUUAUGGAGCAGCGGUCUUUAGACAUGGGGCAUCAUGCUCCAUACAGAGCUUGAUAAAUAUGCUCCCAGGUUUGUAAAAUAAGAAAACAAGGAGUGAUUGUGAUUAUACUGUUGUUUAUUAAAGAUUGCCAAGCAUUUAUGUAAAUUGGGUAGCGCUACACAGUGAUUCUCAACCUUGCUUUUCACUGCUUUACAGUGCUGAGAGCAACUGCCCUUUCCGAUUCCUGAAGUAAAACCUAGGUUCCAAAAUGGCAGCUCCCAUAAUUAGAGGGAGGGGCAUGAAAUGUAUAAAGUAUUUACUAUGUCUUUAAGAUUUGAAAACAAUGCUUGUCCACAUUCCACCUUGCAGUAAAUAUGUAACAAAUGACGUAUUUAACCAUAUUAACAAAUCUUCUGCCCCUAAAAUACCUUACCUGUGUGCUUCGUGCUUUGUAAAUAAAUGAUGUAUACUGUU